AUGCAUUGGUCUAUCAUUAUUUCAAUAUUGGUUUCAAUACCAAAUAUUAGUGCAUAUGUUGCUAUUGGUGGUAAUUUAGACGGUGUACAUGAUUGGAGUCGUAGUCAACAAUACGUUAAUCUAGUAAGACAAGCUCGUCGAUGGGGUAGUCCAUCUAGUCCUUGGGAUGGAACUGCAACAUUUGAUCCUAUAACUGGAUGGCCUACACAAGAUUUUGGAAUAGUAUUAUCUACAGCUGCUGUUGAUAUGGGUGGAACAUAUUUAUUAACAGCUCAAGGUAAUGCACAAGUGACUGUAUAUGGUGGUUCAACGGCAGGACGUAUUGCAAAUAAAACGUAUAAUGCUUUGACAAAUACUCUAUCAGCUUUAGUAAUUAUACCACAAGGUGCAGUUCAAAUAAUGCUUAGUUUCACAAAUACAAGUGGUCCUGGUUUGCAAAAUAUAAGUGUAUUGCAACCUGGUUAUGAUUUAGCAUCAAAAUCAAAUAUUACUAAUUUAACGUUAGCACAUUUAUCACGUUUUAGUAUCUUACGUUUUAUGGAUUGGACUAGCACAAAUAGUAAUCUAGAUGUUAAUUGGAACGAUACAACAUCACUCUAUUGGCCACAAUAUACACCACCUAAAACCAAUGCAUGGGAAACAAUACCAUUGAUUGCAAAUCAACUUCAAUCGAAUACUGAUAUUUGGAUAAAUAUCCCAUAUGGUGCAACGGAUGAUUAUGUACUAAAUGUAGCACAAUUAAUGUUAAAUCAAUUAAAUCCAACAAUUAAUAUUUAUAUUGAAUUUUCAAAUGAAUUAUGGAAUUCUAUGUUUGCACAAUCUACAGCAAAUGUUAAAGCUGCAAAUGAUUCUGUUUUGAAUCAAGGUGAUCCAUUACAUUUAGCUUAUGAUAAUAGUACUAAUUAUUGGUAUUGGGGAUUUCGACGAACAGCAUCACAAACCAAACGUAUAUCUGAUCUAUUUAAAACUGUAUUUGGUCAAGAAAAUGUUGGUCCAUGGAAACGAGUUCGACCAAUUUUAGCUGGUCAAUGUGUAAAUCCAACAAUACUUACACAAGGUUUAGAUUAUUUAAAUAAAGUUUAUGGUCCACCAUCAACAUUUCUUCAUGGUAUUGCUAUUGCUCCUUAUUUUACUUUAGCACAAUAUAAAACAUGGUCAAAUUUAACAACAGAUCAAGUUAUUGAAGGACUUAAUUCUAGUAUGCAAACAUUUUUACCUGAACAAGGUUGGAGUCAACAAGCACCAGUUGGUGUACAUGCUGUUUAUGCUGCUUGGUAUGGAUUAGCUGUUCAUGGUUAUGAAGGAGGUCCAGAUACAGUUGCAGGUUGUGGAAGUUGUUCAUUAUCAGCUAAAAUCAAUGCUACACGUGAUAAUCGUAUGACUGAUUUGUGUGUAUCAUUUUUAAAUGGUUGGUAUCGAUAUGGAUUUCAACCAUUGAAUUGGUGGGUUACUGGAGCAUCUUCGAUAACAGCGUAUGGUUCAUGGAAUUUACUAGAAGAUAUGAGACAAGAAACAUUAAUCGAUACAACAACAAUGUUUAAUUCAUCAUCACCUGUUGCACAACUUCCACGACCAUCACCAAAAUUAAAAGCUAUCGAUCAAGUUCAUCAAAGUUCAAUACAAACAACAUUUGGCAUACCUAUACCAUCUUAUAAUGUGAACGCUACCAAUUUUAUGAAUCAUCGUGAACCGUAUACAGAUCCAUAUUUAAGAUAUUUAGGUUCAAAUUCAACAUUUUAUUAUCCAUUACUAGUUAAUCAAUCACCAAUAGCAAUUAAUAUAACUGUUUAUGUUGGUGGUAGCUCAGGUAUAUUAGAAGCAGCGAUUAAUAAUGCAAAUUUUAUUCAAGUACAAACACCAUCAACAGGAAAUACGGCAGUAUUUAAACCAGCACCAUCAUUUCAAUUUAAAAUAAAUGUAACAGCUGUUCCAUCAAUAGUAACACUUCGUUUAAGAAAUAUUCGAAAUGGUUAUUCUAUUUCUAGUUUUGAUGUUGUACCAACAAUAAAUUCAACAUAA